GCUGAGUUUGAGGCCCAAAGGACUAUUAGGAGGUUUGUGUUGUGUUCUGUUGCUUUUUAGUCUGUUAGAGGCUGGUUCUGUUGAGUGACAGCAUGGGGAGCAACUUCAGCAUGCAGAUCUGCUGUGGGAGCUGUAAGAAGCAGGAAGAAGCGAACGAAGAGACAAGUGAGACCAAGCCAAUUCUGCACACCUCAGGGGACACACCAAUGCACACUGAUACGCAGCCUUCCCCACCAGCCCUGGAAGCCUCUGAACGGAUCUCUGAAGGAGCUCGGUCACUCUGCUGGGACCAGCAGCUGUCAGCUGAUACUGUGGAGGAGAGCAUGGAGACCUAUUGUCCUGCAGACCCUAUGGGAAUGAGCGAGGAAUGGAAGGCAGCCUGGAGCUCUGUGGAUUUCUUGGCGAUAUCUGCAGAUAGGGAGACCAAAGGAGAAGCUGAAGUCUUGGCCCAGCAAGAAAACCAGCAAGAAAGAGAGAGAGCAUGUAACACAGAAGAGAAAAUAAAACCCACUCCUCAUGCUUCUGAGGCCAGGCUGGUUAUGCACACAGCUCAGGAUCUGCAGCUUUUUGCAGAUAUAGCUCAGCCUGCUGAGCAGGCUGGGGCUGGUAGUGAGGAUGGCCCAGGUGCUGGAAUAACUCCCCAGGAAAUAAACAUUCUCAAGCUCGUGGAAGACACAUGGGAAGCUGCAGCCACUCAAGACUUUGAGAUCAUGCCUCCCACAGAGACUGGUGAGAGUUUCACAGGAAGGAACGUGUCACUGUAUGCUGUGCAGAAGAUGGCAAAAGAGGCUGAGGCCAACCUUCCUGCUGGGCACACAGAGCAGGCAGACAGUGCUAGCUUUGCUGAAGGAAGUGCUCAACUCACCGAGAGUGUCCAGAUCACACCUCUUGCAAAGGCUGCUUCUCUAAUGAAUUUGCAGGCUACAGAGGAGACUGAGAAUACAAUGGAUCCUUCAGAAGCCAUAGUAAAUGCUGUGGCUGAGAUGCACUCUGCUUCUGCAGUGCCUCAGGAAGCCCUGUAUCCAGAAGGGGAGUCUCUGGAGCCAGCCAACCAGCUGCUUGACUUCUUGCAGCAAGAGACUGAAUCUGGGAUGGCAGCCACACAAGAGGUGCAGAGCCAAAGCUGUGCAGAACCUGCUGAACUGAGUGAGGUUUUAAGUCAGUUAAGUGAUGAAGACCAGGAAGUCCUCAGUGAUGUGGUGGAAAGUGAGGAGACCAGGGAAUGUGAUCUAGAAACUUCAGCAGGUGAGGCAGAGCCCCAGCAGAGGGUUGUGCAACAAAAGCUGCAGCUUCCAGAGGAACCAGCUUGCACUCAGAUGCUUACGGAGGAAGAAGCUGAGUUGCUCGGUGUGGUACCCUUGCUGUAUGAAGUGCCUGGGAGCGGAGGAGAUGUACAGGCUGAAAAUGCUGAAGCUUGAGAGACGUGAGGUUCGAUGGAUUGGUGCCCGGUGCCUUUAGGAAUUUCAGCCAAAAAAACCAAAGCAAUUUGCUAUCUCAGCCUGUUGAACCCAGCAUUUCUUCAAGUGUGUUCUGGACUUCAGAAAGUGGCUUUGCUAAAGAGACGUGUGAGGUGUGCAGCAGAUGUUUCUAGAUACUCUCCUGGAUUAUAGCUUGGUUGUAUGGGGUUUUUUUGUUUGUUUAGUAGCUGAUUUUUUUCAGGAGAUCUUGCUUUGCUGGGGGAGGAGUGGUUCCCUUCAAUAGUGGUUUCACUGAAGGAAUGCUGAGCACUGCAUCCCCAGUGUGGCACAGUGAUACGAGGUCUCAGUUGAUAGUCUUAAGAGUCUGGGAACAAAAUAGACAAAUGCUCCUCUCAUCUAGCCCAGUUAAAUGUUUUCUGUGACUCUCAGCCAUCCCUUACCACCUCUAAAUGAAAUGUUUCAACUACCUCCUUUUAUAAUUACACGUUUGGUCAUUGUUAUUUUGUGAAUAUUGAACAAAUUUUCACAAGAAGUCAAUGAAAUAAUAUUCCGCUUUGUUUCUUUGUAUUCCUUGUAAUAGUUGAAGUGCUCAUGUGAUCUGUACUCUGUGCACAACUUGGAAGAAAAAAAUGUAGUCUUGAUCAGAAUACAUAAGUCAGUGUAUUGCAGUUUAAAUCUACUGACUUUUAAUGUUCAUAACUUUAUGAUACCAAUAAAAUCUUUUAAGAUCAUGGCAAAAACAUGCUGAAUGUGUUUUAAUUGUUGAGCCUUUAUUAAAGAAAAACCUCUUCUUAAGUCUUCUCUAUGCUCUUCAAGGGUUAAAUGGCGACGGUGUUCUUAGACAGUCCUUCUACAAAACCUGGUGACCAUCUGAA